GAUAACACUGCUUGGAAUGGGUGCCGUGAACGGAGAGGAGUGAUGCGAAUGCACAGACCAGUGGAGAGUGAAGAAUGUGGUCGAGCAAGCAGAGGAUGGGUCCCGCGAGUGCACAGGCAGCGGGGUCGCGCAAAUUAAGCUUGAGUUGCAAGUGUGACUUUAAGUAAGCAGAACAUCAUUGCCGCAUACAAAAUAUUAAUUUGAGAGUAGAGUUUAUACAUAAUUUUUUUGCGGAGAUACUUAAACAUCUUGCUUUCGCAUCAGCAAUCUUUUACUAUCGUUUUAUUAGACGUGAAAAUUCUAGCCAUUGAACAUGGUUGUCACUAGUUAAACACAGCCACAAAGUCAUACUUAUUAUGGCUAAACCCAGCCUAUUUCUACAAUUUAGCUUCUUAAAAUCUGAUUUUAAACUUAACCACACUGCUAACCUUAUGCCUAACCAUAACUUUAAAGUUAAGACCAAAAAGCACAUCUUUGUUUUUCAUGAAUUUUUACUGUACAGUAAAGCUGUGUUAUCUAGUAUAAACCAGAUUUUGACGUUGAAAGGCAAUGUAACCUAACGUAGCAGGCGUAAUAAAAAGAACACCUGAGUGUAGUUCCCACGUACGGGUUUCAGCAGAAAAUGAAGCUAGAUUGUAUUUGCUGUAUCCCUGAAACCGUAUACAUCCAGUUGUUGGCAACUUCUCUCAGACUGAAGGCAAGGUGAUGGUGGUGUAAGGACGAUGGCUGACAAUAAAAAGGUAAGCUCUAUAACCCAACCAGCCAACUAAUCAACUAGGAUUUCAGUAUUUCAAUUGAAGUAGGUAGUUAUUUGGUUUUCUGAUGUUAAAGCAGGCUAUUGAUUAGGCAAGUUAGAUCAGCGCCAGCUAGCUAGGAUGCUAAAGCUAGCUGAUGUUUAACCACAUAUAAAAUGUACCAGUAUCUUUGAUUAACCAAGAGCAUUGUAGCUAGCUAACUAAGUUAACGAGGGGUUGCUAGAGAAUGAGGACUUGAAAGACCAGCCAGACCGUGAGUGAGUGGUGAGAACAGACAGGGAAGGCCCUCCCUAGGGUAGAGGUGAUUGAGAUGGGGUGAGUGGGAGGCAAGAUCAAAUAAAUAGCCAAUAUUAUAAACCACUAACUGCAUACUUUGAGAGUCUUUGAAAUACACUUCUGAUAACUUUUACACUGGCAGUUUUUAACAAUCUCUCUCUCUAUCCUUCUCUCCAUGCAGGCCCACUGUCACUAUGUGGUGGGGAAGUUGUUCUCUGCUUCGCUGACAAAGAUAGGAGGUACAGGAGUCCACUCUAUUCCAAGUACCUUGGCUCUCCACUAUGCACAGCACUCUGGAGGCUUCCUGCAGUUGUUCUCAGGUGACGGGUGAGUGCAGAGAACAUACUGUAUGUCUGACAAAGUGGAGUCGGGCUUCUACUUCAUUGGCCAAGUUUGGAUCUGCGAGUCACCUUUGACCUUGAUGUAACUUUCAUUGAAGAAUUGGGGUCAUUGGUGUUCCCUAACUCACCUUGUGACUUGCACAACUCAGCACAUAUGUAUCCCUCCACCUUCCUCAGUGGAGUCCCAGCCAGGGGUAUCAAAUUCCAAUGUCCGUGUACAUGUUAUGUUGGCGUAGUUACCGGACCAGUGAGAAGAGGCGUUGAUGAUAGUGAUGCGUCCCAUUGUGGUCUCCACAAACAGCCGCUGUGCCAACGCCAUGCCUGAUGACGACAACCAGAUGGUAUUCCUCCACCCUGGAUCACUAUAUUUGGUGCUCCCCGGACCAGGGUUUUCGAGGCAGGGAUGGACUACUGUUAGUCUGAGCUUGCCCCGCAGUCCCCAUACACACAUUAACUCGAUUGUGCUGAUGCCCUACUGUAAGAACCUGGAUCUUCACUGGUUUUGGGGUAGGUGACCUGACCACCAACAGAUCCUGGGACACGUUCCAGCGUUACCGCUGUCUGGAGAACAUCCCGAGCGUGGUCAACAGACAUCUGCUGCAACUUCAUAUCUAGCGUGUCAGUUCUGCUGCACCAGGGAGCUAAAGGUGUCCUGAAGCUCAGAAUGAGUGCUGUAGGGGAAAGUGCCCUGGAACCUGCUACGCCAGAGUCCCGCAAGAGAAAGGGCUCACCAUGCGACACCUCAGAGCAGAGUGUGGAGAAGCGUCGGCGGGAGCUGGAGUGUCGUUACAUAGACGAGCUGGCCGAGCUCCUGUCUGCCAACAUGGGCGACAUGGCCAGCCUCAACGUCCAGCCAGACAAGUGCCACAUCCUCAAGAGCACCGUGGACCAGAUCCAGCAGAUCAAACGGCGCGAGCAGGAGAAAGCGGCUUUGGUGUCACCGGAAGACGAGGUGCAGAAGAGUGACAUCUCGUCCAGUAGUCAGGGCAUGGUGGAGAAAGAGGCUCUGGGGCCGCUGCUGCUCGAGGCUCUGGACGGCUUCUUUUUUGUGGUGAACCGCGAGGGCCGGAUUGUGUUUGUGUCGGAGAAUGUGACGGGUUACCUAGGCUACACCCAGGAAGAGCUGAUUACCUCCAGUGUCUACAGCAUCCUCCAUGUGGGAGACCACGGCGAGUUUGUCCGCAACUUGCUGCCCAAGAGCCUCGGUGAGGACGACAGGAGAGGAAGAAAUUACAAGGCGAUGAAAGAGAUGAGGAAGGAAGGAAAAGAAGAACAUGAUAACGGGGAGAUGAAAGAAAGUGGGGUGCCGUGGCCCCAGGAGCAGGGUCGGAGGAACAGUAACACAUUUAACUGCCGGAUGCUAAAGAGGCCUCCUGAUGAGGUGGACUCAGAGAACCAGGAAGCACGACAGCAGUACGACAUCAUGCAGUGUUUUACUGUCUCCCAGCCCAAAGCCAUGCAGGAGGAAGGAGAUGACCUGCAGAGCUGCCUGAUCUGCAUAGCCUGCCCGAUGCCCCGCCCCCAGCAGCUACCCGCCAUCCGCACUGAGUCCUUUAUCACCAAACAGGACCCCACAGGGAAGAUCAUCUCCAUAGAGACCAGUGCUCUGCGGGCGACUGGGCGACCGGGCUGGGAGGACCUGGUCAGGAAGUGUAUCUACGCCUUCUUCCAGCCGCAAGGCAAAGAACCCUCUCACGCCAAGAAGCUGCUCCACGAGGUGAUGACCCAUGGCACGGCCAUCAGUCCUCUUUACCGGUUCAACCUGAGCGAUGGGACCCCCCUCAGCGCUCAGACCCGCUGCAAGUUCUGCUGCCCCCCUAACCAUGACGUUCAGCCCUUCAUCAUGGGCAUUCACACUAUCGACAGGGAACACAACACUGCUAGCUCUCAGGAAAACACUAACUCCAGCCUUCUACUGACCCAUAGGAGCCCUGCUCCCUCCCACUCCCCUUCCCUCCCCCCGGGCAGCGAGGCCAGCCAAGCCCCAGGCCCCACCUCGGGCCUCCAUCUCAACAACGGCAAAAGCUCCAACACCACCUCCCCCACCACACCCACCAGCCAUUCAGCAGGGUACCUGACGCCCACCCGGAUGUGUCCUCAGCAGGUCAACAGCCCCUCGCCCCUGGGAAGCCCCCUCACUGCCACCCCUACCUCAUUUAUGUCGCCCAGACCCCCCAGGGCCAGUCCGGGGCUGGGCGGCAGCCCGCGUGUCCCAGGGAACCCCUUCUCCCCUUCCACCCCUGGCCUGCACUCUCCGGCACCGUCCCUGGGAGGUGGAGCUGGUGGCGGUGGAAGUGGAAUCCUCAGCAUGCACCACUCUGGUGGGGACAGUGGAGCAGGGACCCCCCUGGGUUUCUCUCUGCCCUCCCCUUUACCUCAGAGGCAGGCCAGCACCCCCACCAGCUCCCCAGCACGCCCUCCCCCCGCCAAGCCCCCCGAGGGAGGAGGAGGAGGACGUGGGGGCGGAGAGGACCUGGCUAAAGGAAAAUUAGGGGGGAACUCCAAACUCAACCAGCCCCUGGACAAUGGUGGCGUGGGGGCGCCUAGGGACCCCAAAAACACAUCUACCAAACCCACCUCCACCCCUCAGUGCCCGGCCUCCCACAGCACGCUGACGGAGCGCCACAAGAUCCUCCACCGCCUCCUGCAGGACAGCAGCCCGGCUGAGGGCAGCAACGGCAAGGAGUCUGAAAUCAAGAAGGAGCCUCCUGCCAGCCCUGUCACUGCCAACCCCAACGGACCCCCCAGCACCCCUCAGGACCACCAGCUGCUGCGCUUCCUCCUGGACACGGAUGAGAAGGACCUGGGCGACCUGCCCCCUCCGGCCGCUCUCAGCCUGCAGACGGUCCGGGUCAAGACUGAGAAGAGGGCCAGCGGGGACACUACGCCCUGCGCUGCAGCCUGCGCCAGCCCCAAGCCCAAACCGAGCCCUGCAGACAGCAGGCCGUCCAGAGACCCGUUCCCCAGUGGAUCUGCUGACCUGGACCCUCUCAGCCAGCUGCUGCCCACCCUCAGGGGCCCUGCAGGGGCCAAGCAGGGCAGCGAGGAGCAGGGUGGUCCCCAGACCCAAGCCCUGUCGUCCCAUAGCCAAACCCAACCUCAACCACGGCUCCAUUCACCUCCACAGCCCCAGACACAGCCUUGGCUCCAAUCACCUCUUCAAACCAAACCUCAGAACCAUCUCCAGCUUCAGUCCCUACUCAGCUUCAGUCCCCUACCCAGCUUCAGUCCCCUACCCAGCUUCAGUCCCCUACCCAGCUUCAGUCCCCUACCCAGCUUCAGUCCCCUACCCAGCUUCCGUCACCCACCCAGCUUCCGUCCCCUUACCCAGCUUCAGUCCCCUACCCAGCUUCAGUCACCUACCUUACUCCAGCCCAGUGGGGCCAACAUUGUCAAGGCCGUGACCGUGAAGAGGGAGCCUCCUGGAAGACCAAGCCGAGGGCUCACUGAUGGCUCCAGCCUGCAGAACCAGUCACACUUUGACUUCUGCAGCCCCAGCCAGAGACCGGGACAAGGGGAACUCUUCCAGACACCCAAAGGCAGCAGCCCCUUUAAAGAGCCUGGACUAAUGAACUCAUUCAACUCCAACACCGCGUUGUCUAAGAUAGAGACAGACUCUCAGCAGUUCCAGACCCUGGCCCUGACUGAGACUCUGCCCUUUGAUGGAGGCGUGGGAAACCCUGUGCAAGCCUCUCUGGCGUCCCCUCAGGAGCAGUGUGUCCCGUGCCCACUGGAUGAGCUGCUGUGCCCCCCCACCACCCCCGAGGGACGUAACGACGAGAAGGCCCUCCUGGACCAGCUGGUGUCCUUCCUGAGUGGCACAGAUGAGAGCGAGUUGGCUGAGCUGGACCGAGCCCUGGGCAUCGACAAGCUGGUGAAGGGCGGCUGCUUCGACCCCGUCCCUCAACGGUUCCCCUCCCAGCCUCCUGCCACAACCCCCAUCUCCAUGGACCCCAAGCUGCCCGGCUACCCCUCUCAGUUCAACCCUGGCCCCCCUGCCCAGUUCCCUCCAGAGAUAGCAGGGGUGCAGAGCAUGGGGGGCUUCGGUGCACCCAGGGGGGCCUUCCCUGGGGGCAUGAUGCUGAGGCCUGGCAUGGGCAGAGCUCCUGGCAUGACCAACCAGCUCCGGCUGCCUCCCAACCAGCUGAGGUUACAGCUGCAACAGAGGCUGCAGGGCCCACAGCAGUCCUGUGACUCACUCCCCCUCGCUCUCUCUCUCUCUCAGCUGCAGAACAGGCUGGCUGCCAUGAGCCCGUUCCCAGGGGAAGCUCACGUUGCCAUGGUGAUGCGUCAGGGAGGGCAGCAGCCUCAGAUGCCCUCUCAGCCUCCUCUGAACGCCCAGAUGCUGGCCCAGAGGCAGCGGGAGCUCUACAGCUUCCAGCACCGCCAGAGACAACUCCUGCAGCAGAAGGUCAUGUUGAUGAGGCAGGGCAUGGGGGGUGGUGGGCCUAUGGGAGCCACCAGGGAACAAAAAGGACCCCAGCCACAGCAACAACAGUUUGGCUACCCUCCAGGCUACAGCCCCAUUCCAGGGAACCCACCCAGCUCCCCCAGCCUAUUCAACCCCAUGGGAGGGACCCAGGACCCUAAGUUGUCGGGCCAGGGCCCUAUGGGCAGCCAGGCAACUAUGAUGGGGGGGAUGCAGGGACAGUUUGGGGGGGCAGUGAACUCGGCGGUGCAGCCUGUGCUCUUCCAGCAGUUUGGAGGACCAGGUAUGGUCCAGCAAGGAGACCCCUCGUUCCCUCCAGAGCUCAGCCCCACCAGUCCCCUGCUGUCCCCUCAGAACUCCACCACCCAGAGUCCUCUGCUCCAGCAGGCCCAGCCUCCUCCUGGGUACCAGUCACCUGACAUGAAGAGUUGGCAGCAAGCUGGCAUGGGCGGAAACAGCUUGUUCAGCCAGUCUGGUCAGACGACGCCCCAGGCCUUUGGGCAACAGGGGGUCUACAACAACAUGAGUAUCACCGUGUCAAUGGCAGGAGGCUCAGGGGCGGUGGGCUCGCUACCUUCCAUUGGACCACCUGUUGGCAUGGGCAACAGUAACCUUGGUGACAUCAACUCCAUGUGUAACGAUCAGGUACAGCAGGUUCAAGUGUUUGCCGACGUCCAGUGUACGGUGAACCUGGUGGGCAGCGACUCCUACCUGAACCAGUCGGGGUCCAUAGGCACCCAGAAGGGCCCCCAGGGGCCUCAGAGCAGCCAGUCCCAGCAGAAGAGCCUCCUCCAGCAGCUCCUCACAGAGUGACUCCUCAGCUCAGCCGCCUGCCAGGAGAGAGGUGCUCCACAGACCACCGACCUCUUCUCUUUCUCACCUUUGGUUUUAGACACCUGCCUGCCGGACUGGUUAGGAGGGCCCUGGGAUGGAGACUGAGGUCCAGGUAAGAGUGUGUCUGACCUGCCAGCCUGCCAGCCAGCCUCAGCCCAUACCGUACCAUAAGGCAGCAGCUAUUGUUCAGCGCUCAUUCCUGGUUACCUACUUUCAACACAAAGUCUGCUUUCUGUUCUGAGAAAGGAAUCAGCUUCCGGUUUUGCCAAGAUGUUGUGGUUGUCAAAAGAGGAUCUGGUUCCUAAUUGCCCGUUCCGUCAGGUCCAUUACAGCAGUGCGUCUUGGGAAUGCGAUCAACAUGCAGCUGAGCUCAGCUGUGGGAGGUUAACCCGUCGUCUCAACUUUUGCUCUAGCGUGGGGUGGCGUUGUGGGGACAACGUUUUGGGAAUGUUAGGUUUUUAAACCUCUGCAGUGGGAAGCUCAGUUUCAGCUGGAUCUGUGACUGACUAGCUCUCUCCAUUGCAGUGCCUGAUGGGAGGAAAUACCCAGCUCUCGUUUUUUGUUUUUGUUUCUCUGUUCUCGUCGUCUGCGUCGUCAGGACAACAAGCAGCCGGGAUGUGAUGGGAUGGGAGAUUGCGCUGCUCUGCUCAGUUGGCAACACCAUCUUUCACAUUUUCAAACCACCAGACUGUCAAAGUAACUGUCUGUCUUACACAUUUUUCUCCCCAGCAGCUGUGAAUAUGAGCCAUGUUGGGCUCUCCUUGGCCUAUCAGUAUUGUUUGUCAUGUGUAACCGUGCAGGUGGGUAGUAUUGUACAGCACAGAUGGACAAAAAAUUGGGAUGAGUUCACACUUUCUACUUUCCUUUCAAAAGCGUCAUUUAAUUACUCUAAAAUGCAACUGUCGUUUUUAGCUCAAACUAUACAUUGUGAUUCAAUGCGGUUUUCUUCCGUUUUUUAUUUGAGAGUAACAUGUCAGUUAUUAUAAUUUUUUAAGGCGAUAUUUGGCAUUAUGAAAAUGUAACUCUGCUAAAUGUGCUCUGUGUUCUGUAAUGUGAAAAAAGAAAAUCUCGGUAUAAGACUUUGAUUGAUUUUAGAAAUGGCUAGCUCUGCUCUUUUGGCAUCCCUUUGAAUGUUUUAAAUCCCCUAAAAUGUACCUCAAAACGAACAAGAAUGGGUUCUCAAUAUUACACAAUGACAUGAAUAGGUUGUAACUCUUAACCGUAGAACUUCCUCACUCAGAAGUGAUGGAAGUUGAAUGGGGUGUUUUCUUGGAAACACAUAGCUCUCUCUCCUCCAACUCUCUGCCCGUGAUGAUGUCAUUCCACUGGCCACACACUACAGCUCUUUUUUGACUGCUCAUGUGACUACUGUUGCCCAGUCAGACACUGUCUAUCAGCGCUAACCUCUGAUAUUUUACUAUACACAUUCAGUCACAUAGAAAGUCUGGCCAAAAAACACCAUGUUUUAUUUAUGUGGGUAAACAAUAACCUAUUAGCAAGCAAUAAACCAGAAAAUGACGAGAAAGCAACAACAGAAAGAGCAAAGUUCGGCGACGUAAUGAUAAUGAAAAAUCAAGUCUAAUUUGGCUUUUGGCUUCUCUGCUCUAUCCCGGGUAUGUGUAUUUCUCUGCUCUACCCGGGUAUGUGUAUUUCUCUGCUCUAUCCCGAGUAUGUGUAUUUCUCUGCUCUAUCCCGGGUAUGUGUAUUUCUCUGCUCUAUCCCGGGUAUGUGUAUUUCUCUGCUCUACCCCGGGUAUGUGUAUUUCUCUGCUCUACCCCGGGUAUGUGUAUUUCUCUGCUCUAUCCCGGGUAUGUGUAUUUCUCUGCUCUAUUCCGGGUAUGUGUAUUUCUCUGCUCUACCCCGGGUAUGUGUAUUUCUCUGCUCUACCCCGGGUAUGUGUAUUUCUCUGCUCUAUUCCGGGUAUGUGUAUUUCUCUGCUCUACCCCAGGUAUGUGUAUUUCUCUGCUCUUCCCCGGGUAUGUGUAUUUCUCUGCUCUACCCCGGGUAUGUGUAUUUCUCUGCUCUUCCCCGGGUAUGUGUAUUUCUCUGCUCUAUCCCGGGUAUGUGUAUUUCUCUGCUCUACCCCGGGUAUGUGUAUUUCUCUGCUCUACCCCGGGUAUGUGUAUUUCUCUGCUCUACCCCGGGUAUGUGUAUUUCUCUGCUCUAUCCCGGGUAUGUGUAUUUCUCUGCUCUACCCCGGGUAUGUGUAUUUCUGACUAACAGAAGGCUUUCUUAAGGGUGUUAUGGUCCAACUAGAUAUAUGACUGUGUAUAUACAAGGUAUUUUACAAAGUGUGCAACAUUACCCGAGCACAGCUAAUAACCGAGGAGGGUUAGGGAUGAUCAGUUGAAAUAGCAUGCAUGAUCACCAUCCUCCUCCGGAGACCUCAAAUUGAAUGCCAACUACUUUAAUGUGCUAUGAUUUCUGAAUCACGUUGUGUACCGUUUUAAUGGCGUUUGUGUGCCUGUGCUUUAUACCCAAACAGUGGCUCAGGUGUCCUCAGCAUACAACUCAAAUUCAACCUGAAAAUGGCAUCAUUUCGUGUGGUGUUGAUUCAAGUUGACAUGAAAAGCUGGUAGCAGUUCCACUUCGGAAACUCAUUUGUGAAACUGAUACACUGUGAUUGGACAUACCACUUGUUCCUGUCAUUCUAAGACACUUAAAAUGUUGCUGUGCUUUUAGCCUAUUGCAUUUAAUUCAAAACAAUAUAUAUACGAUUAAUAGAUGAGAUAUUUAAGUGUAUCUUUCUUCCGAUAAGGUAAAUGUUUUAUUUUCUAUUUGAAAGGGAUGUGGGUUAACAAUUAGUACUUAUCAAUGUUAAAGCCAUUCCUGAGCCACUGUUUGGUUUAUGUAAAUAAACAUACACUUUACAAAACACACGGAAGCAAGACAAAAUGAACUGAAUGUAUGUGGAAGGAUUCCAUUUGUUUUCAGUAUACAUUUGUACUAUAUAGGGUACCAGCUAAUGGUUUCAUACUCCCAGAAGUGUUACAAAGGAUAACUUUUCCUGGAUAUCUUCUUCACGUACUCUCCAGCCUUCGCUCCUCAUUUAGGAACAGGCAUUACUGUCUAGAAAAUGUUAAUAGAACUACAUCAAAUGCAGAAGUUCAUCUGAUCUGUUAAUAUGAACUGUUUAGCAUUUGGGAUAUAAUAUGCCAAAUUCAAAGCACCAUUCGACAACGGUCAUUAACUAACAGACAUUCGUAUAUGCAAGAGCCGCUCAAUGGCAAAGACAGUCCAUUCAGUACAGGUACAAGAUAAAUAUUUGAACUGGUUCUUCAACAUGUAUAUAACAGACAAUGUGAAUAUGUAUUUGUUCAGAAUCAACAAAAUGUAGUGCUCCAAGUUUGUGGUAUUAACUACUCGCUUCCAUUUUAUUAUUAUUUUUUAUUUUUUACGUAUAUGACUGUCUGAGUGUGUGUAUGUAUGUGAUUAAUACUGUAUAUCUGGUGUUUAAGAUGGAAACUGAAUAUGUCCGGAUUUGAUUUCUUCUUCUUUUUAUAGAUACCUGCAAGUUUUCCUGUGGGUGUUGUUCUGAUUGCUCUUUAUGUGAGAGAAUGGGUUAGCGACUGCUGAAUGUGAUUUUACUGAGAGAGAAGCAGUGUGGACUGGCUUUUGUACGGGUUAAUUUAAAAACAAACAAAAACACACACAAAAAAAGGCCAUAUUAUUUAAUUGCUCUGAUGUUAAAACGUUUAAACAGAUCUGAGAAAGUGGAACCUUGUAUUCUGAGAAGCAUCGCUUCGGUAGUUAAGUGGGCUUUUGUAGAUCGCCUGAUAUACUUUUAGCGUUUUCAAAAAGUAAUGACCAAAGCUUUAAGAUGUUUAAUUCAUAUCAUAUGCAAGCCUCAUGCAAUUGGACGAGACAAAAUGUAGCGUUUGUUCACUUUUCUAAAAGGAAAUAGUCUAUACAUACUAGCUCCUCCUUGACCACACUACUAAUUUGUGGUAGUUUGUGCUUUGCGUGUUUGUCCUUUAUUUCCUUUUCCACACAAUUUGUCCUAAGACACUGACAAGUGACCUAUCAGAUUUAGUAUUUUUAUCUAACUUCUAUUCUUUGGAAUAUCCCAAAGUAUGAUCAGUUAGAAACUUCCUCUCCUUGUUGCCGUUGACUCCUGGCAAAGACGCAAAAAGACUUGUAGGGCCUGACAUGCUGUCACUGUUUACAGGAAGAGAGAAACUUGCAACAGCUACCUAUGCACCUUAACAAAAAGCUUUUUUUUAACACUGAUUUAGGUAUUCAAAACUAACUAGAAUUUGAAUCAAUGAUUUAAAUCAAUAUAUUUGAGUUUAUUGAAAGAAGAAGUGAAACCUAGUGAACCAAUUAUUAUUUAAUUUUUUUACUCAACUAGCAUUGGUGAUAGUUGUCUGAACUUGUGGGUCUGCUCUAUCAACUGAAUCUCACAGAUUAAGAUUAUUCAAUCAAAUAUUUCAAUUUAUUUAGCUGAAUACUUUAUACCAAAUUUGAGGUGCUUCUUGUAUAUACAGUAUUUUCUGCAUAGAGGACUGCUCGCUGUUUGAUGAUAAUGUUAAGGAGAAUUUUCUUAUAUUUACCUUUAUAAAACAAGUUUGCUGCAUUUUACAUUACUUUUGUACAAGAAAUCUAAAUAUUCCAGGAAUUUGCAAGAAAUACAAUCUACUUUUGCACUUUAUCUCAGAAUUAUUUAGAGGAAACAGGCCAUCAUAAAUACUACUCAUGUUCACAUUAGAUUACUAUUUAAUCAUCAUGAAUCCCCUAAAUCACGGGAGGUUGGUGGCACCUUCAUUGGGGAGGACGGGCUCGUGGUAAUGGCCAAAGCGGAAUAGGUGUAAUGGUAUCAAAUACAUCGAACACGUGGUUUUCAUAUAUUUGAAGCCAUUCCUUUUGUUCCGUUCCAGACAUUAUUAUGAGCUGUCCUCCCCUCAGCAGCCUCCUGUGCCCUAAAUAUAAUAGAAAGUAAAUUAUAGAUUUCUCAGGUUCUUAAGAACUUGGUUGCAGAGCCCAUCAAUAUGAUUACAAAAGAGAAGUGUACAUUCUCUACUACUACUCUUAGUAGUUUCACAUAUGAUCCUUCUCUCUGCCACAGAGCCUCAAUCUAAACUAUGCCUUUCUUCUUCAGGUGAUCCACUGCCCCUCUCCCCUUGGCCAUUAGUUAACUAACGCGCUUACACUCAUACGUCCUGUCCUGUGUAACCAAUGUGAAAUGGCUAGCUAGUUAGCGGUGGUGCGCGCUAUUAGCGUUUCAAUCGGGUGACAUCACUCGCUCUGAGACCUUGAAGUAGUGUAGUUGGGCGCGAUGGGUAACGAUGCUUCGAGGGUGACUUGUCUGUGUGCAGAGGGUCCCUGGUUCGAGCCCAGGUAGGGGUGAGGAGAGGGACGGAAGCUAUACUGCUACAGCAGCUUUAACUGUUCAAAACAUUCCUCCUCAACUCUGCUCUUAUCUACCAGCAAUCAUUGUGGUCUGGUCUAUACUGUAGCAUUUUACAUUUCAGUCAUUUAGCAUAUGCUCUUAUCCAGAGUGACUUACAGUAAGUAGUGAGUUAAUACAUUUUUCUGUACUGGUCCCCUGUGGGAAUCGAACCCCGUUGCAGGCGCCAUGCUCUACCAACUGAGCCCCACGGGACCAGCAGCAGUUCUAUUCUAUAUAUUUCUAGGCUUAGUAAUUCCUACCAAGCAGUAACAGCCCUACAUACGUGUACUGCUGUCCCCUGCGUCUGUUAUUUUGUCAUUGUCACCACCUUGUAACAUACAGCCUAAUGCAGAAGCAACUAUCAUCCUUGUUAAGAUUAAUGCACUCUACCUUCUACAGGUAUUACUUCUCAACUGUUCCGAGUAUUGGAGCAACUGUUUGCUGAUGAUGUUUGUCAAGUAUUGUAAGUGCUGCAUAAUCGAGACUGAAGUUGGUUGUGGAUGGAGAAAUCAAAAGCUUGUCUCGCCACUUAUAAGGCCAAUGCUUUCUCAUUGAAACGAGGUUCCACUUUUCCCCCUGUAAAAUUAAUAUAAAUAAAUAUAAAUAUAUAUAUUAUACAUUUUACUCAUUUUGUCCAGUUUUGUUUAAUAUACUUGUGUAAACUUGUUUUUAGACAGGCAUCAGAGCAGCUGUGUGGGUGGGACAAUAUGAAUGAAGUAUCUGGGGGAAUUAUGCAUGUUUUUAUUUCUGUGUCCAGGUGGAAUACCUGGGAUAAAUCCUACCUUUUCUUAGGACGUCGUAGACAAUCAGUCUCAGGCUGGGUCAAGUAGCCACAGGGGGUCCCUGUAGACUGAAAAGCAACAUUUUUGCAUCUACUGAAACAGUCUUAUUUGUCUGUCAAUUUUUGGGGAGGUAUCUGGCUGCUCAGACUGGGAUUAGUUCAAAGUUUACACACACACAACACACACACCUCGUGCGUUCGGUCCCUCUAUUGCUUUUCCAAGGUGAAGAUGCAGACCUUGAAGGAAAUGAUGCUUUGACUAACAAAUCUAUAACAUCCAUGAAUGUGAGAAUGCAACACAUUUGCAAUAAAAACACCAAUUAAAACGGGAUAUGUAAUGUUG